GUAUUAAAUAACUGAAGAAAAGUAUUAAAGAAGUAGAAAAUGUAAUAUUUGAUAUAUUUAAUAAGUAGAAACUAGUCCCUUUUUUUACAGAAAUGCUUACCAAAAUAUUUUUGGUUCUCCACAAUUUAUAGUAGAGUACUAUCGGAAAGUUAGGUACAGUUUUUCUUUUAAUAUGAGAGAUCCAAAAGUAUUAAUUCAUAACAUCUUAAAAAUAAUAAGAAAAAAUAAUGGAAAUGCAAAUUAAAGAAGAAUUAAUCGAUUACGAAGAAAAUAUUUUUUUGGGAAAUUUUGCCACCGUCAAAGUAGAAGAAUGUAGAGAAAAUUUGUUAUGUAUAAAAACCCUUUCGAAUAUAAAAUUCGAAUGUAACAAUGACUUAGAUUCAAUUUCAAAUGUAUUAAAUCAUAGUACGGGCUUCCAAAACGGAAAAUAUUUUAGAAAUAGUUCAUCAACGAAACUAGAUUCAAGCUUUCCUUUAAAAAAUGAAGUCUAUGAAGAGUCAAUAUUAAAUUUACCUGGCAGUAGCAAGGGGUAUCAACAACAAGACUAUAAAAUACCCUUAAACAGGAAAGGAAAAUAUACUUGCCCAAUUUGCGUUAAAAAUUUUACAUCAUCGAUAUUGAAGAGAAAACAUUUAGAUGUUCACUUUGGAAGAUGUUUUACUCUGUGUUCUGUAUGUGGAGCUAUGUUUGGAAAAACUUCCGAAUUCUUAAUUCACUACUUUAUUCAUCGUUUAAAACGACAAUUUACCAAUGGAUUAAAAUUAAAGAAGCCCCCAGUUACAAAAUUGUCAUAUGAUGUUCAAAAUUAUUUAAAGUUUUCAGAAAAUAGAUGCAAAAAAUUGACCAAGAAAUUGUUCAAAAAAGGAAAUUUCAAAUGUAAAGAUUGUUUCAGAGUAUUUUCAUACAGAUUACUUUUUCGAAAACACAAAUGUAUUUCUAAUAGAAAAAAGUCGAAUGAGUGCAACAUUUGUUUUAAAAACUGUCGUACCAAGUUCGGUUUGAGUAACCAUUUGAAAAUGCACAAAUUGGAUACGAUCAUUUGCAAUAUUUGCAGUAAACAGUUUCUUCGUAAUAAUUUUUAUAAACAUUAUCGUACACAUAUUGAACGUGAAUCUCAACUUGAUACCCAUAUGCAAUGUUACAAAACUUUUUUUAACCCCGUAACGAUUUGCUCAAUAGAACAACCAACCAAAAAAUUUUCCUCGAAUAAUUAUCAAUGUAAUGUUUGUUUUAGAGAAUUUAUCAGUAAGACACAUCUAAACACGCACAUGUAUGAUCACAUGGGCGUCAAGCCAUUUAUGUGUGAAUUUUGUUCAAAAGAAUUCGUUAGAAUUGAUUCCUUGAGGAACCAUCUUAAAAUGCAUACAAAUGAUAGAAAAUUCCAGUGCGAUAUUUGUCAAAGACGUUUUGUUAGGCGGAUAACUUUAAUCGAACAUUAUAGGAUACAUACUGGCGAAAAACCAUUCAAAUGUGAAGUAUGUUCUAAAACAUUCACACAAAAGUCUCAACUGAAAAGUCACGCCAAGACUCACGUACUAGAUAAACCGUUUACCUGCGAAAUAUGCUCAAAACAAUUUGUUAUACAAUUUCAACUUAAAAGGCAUUUGCUCAUACAUAACGUGAAAAAGCGAUUCGAAUGCGAGAUUUGUUUCAAACAAUUUAACGAAAAAAGAAAUCUGAAUGCGCACACGCUGCUCCAUACUGGAACCAAACCAUUUAAAUGUGAAGUAUGCUCCAAAGCGUUCACUUGGAAACAUAAUUUGAAUCGACACAUGAUGGUCCACGAAGAGGAUGCGUUCCAAUGUGAUAUUUGCCAAGAAAAAUUUUCUCGGUAUCACAUACUUCAAAAUCAUUACAGAUUACAUACGGGGGAAGUACCAUUCAAAUGUCAUAUUUGCUCUAAACAGUUUAAACAAAAAAUUAAUCUAACAACACAUAUGUUGAAUCAUCCUAAUGAAGAUUCCAUUACUAAAGUUACUAUUUAACACUCCAGUACUCGCGAUUCCUAAUGUAGCAAACGUAGUCGCCUGUCAUCUGUCAGAUGACUUUGUCUUUUUAUUGGGUAAUACAUACCGAAUACCAUUUAUGGUUGAAUAAAUAGGUACUACUAAUGAAACAGACAUGCUAUUACGGAUAUUUAUAUUGUUUAAAACAAUUUUUAUAAUAAUGGAAUUAUUUAAAUUAAAUAUUAAAACCAUGGACGAAUAAUUUUUAUUUAUUUGUCAAAGAUUAAAACUUUUAGAUAUUACCUAGUCAUAUGAACAUAAAAAAUGAAUUAUACUUUAUUAUGGACAAAAAACCAAAACACAAAAUAUUUUAAAUUAUCAAGGGUCUAUGUUAGGGAUAGGUUAAGAUAAAGGUAGGUAUGUACAUGUGUAUGUAUGUACCCUUGUUCUUAUUUUUACUCGAAUACGUCAGAAGGUUUGGUUUAAUAAAAUACAGAAAUUUAAAUAAUCAUAUUUAUUUAUUCACAUUGCACACAUAUAUAUGAUCGUACAGUUGAUUGAUACGCUCGUAAAUGAAGUUUGUGGCUCGUCGUUAAAAUCAUCGUUUUUAUCACUUUCAAUGCAGUUGUUUACUGAUUCCAAUAUUUCUUCCUCUGUUAACGUCCCUACUGUGACUACUUCAUCAUCGCAAUUAACGAAGUCUUCAAAAGUAAUGUUUGACCCAGAAAUGUAGAUAUUCCAUUAUUCAGGCACAUUACUAUCUUCCUUUUCAAUGAUUUCUUGAGGUUCUAAAGCAUUUUUUACUGCAAGGGGUGUUUCGAAAAGCUUUGUCCACCAUCCUCAUUGCUUAAAGAACAUAUCAGCUAUCAUUUUUCUAAUAACUUCUUUCCUGUAUAAUGAUUUAAAAUUUUUAAUUAGACUCAUUAAGACGAAUAGGCUCCAUAAUUCUUUCCACUACAUUUAUUAUUUACACAGUAGGGGCCCCCAGGUUGCUUUCCAGCAUAUAUGUACUUUUAAAUUGGAAGUAUAGUAAACUUUUGCGUCUGUUAGAGCGAAAAUUUGUCACGAAUAACAAGCCUGACAGUUUGUCUCAAAUUGUUGAAGAUCUCGCACUGCAGCAAGCCUAUCAGUUAGUAGUCUAGUGUCCCUAUAGUCAAACUGAAGACAUCUACAUAGAAAGAGAAAUCUAUUUAGACUCAUUGUUAGCCCUAAAAUUUUUUCUGUUGCCUCAUUUGUUUCGUUUCACUUUUCAAGAUUAUUACCCAAAAAGUUUAUAGAAAAAUAUGAACUUAUAAAGCUGGUGGGCACCAUGGAACAAAGAAAUUAAUUUUUCAUGUGUACCAAUGUUAGCUUUUCUUGAUUUUUCUGGUAGUGAGAAUUUUUUUCUUUCAUGGUAAUCAAAAGAAAAUACUUUUUACAUCCGCUUCAAUGAAAGUAAUAGAGUUGAAGAUGAGCCUUUCUGCAGUUGUUUUUUCAGUCCAUUUACAAGUGAGCUUUCAAGCAAUUUAGAAACUUUAGGACAGAUGUGUCUGUGCUUGAAUUACACAUUAGUUUUAACAAUUGCAUCCAAGUUUAUCCAACAUGAGUGAAUAUUUUUAAGGUUAAGUGACAACCCAGUGGCAUCUGAAAGGUACAAAGACAAACUUAAAGCUUUAGUCUAGAAAGGGGCGCUCAUCUUAUGCAGUAGUUAUACACUUUUCUAGUCCAGGGCCACAUAUAAUAAUGUGACAUUGCAGGGCAGAUAUUCUUUUAUUAUUUCUUUGUUACCACCAAUCUUUCAAAUUGAGUAGUACCGUGAUUUCCCAUCCUUACCCACCUAUUUAGAUCAAAUGAAUAGGUGCUAUGAAGUAGUUUAUAUUUAUCCCCCGUUUUUAAAAGAUUUGUCUACAAUGUACAGCAAAAAACAUACACCUUAAGACGUCGAGACAACCAAGAAGACAAGAGUGUAUAGCUAAGAGGCUAACUCUUAACAAAAAGAUAAGAAUCUCCCAGGGGAAUGGAAGGAGUCUAGGGGCGAAAGAGGAUGAGGACCUGUCGAAAUGAUAAGGGGUAGUGGAAUGUUCUUCGCAUCCAUCCGAGGAUUUAUCCAGAGGUGAAUGCCUAGAGGGACGGGAUUUCUCACGCCAUAAAUUGUUCUCUUCUAAUUACAAACCUUUGAAGGUAACAAAUUUAUUUUGCCCAAAAACGCCGAAACUGAGGAUAAUGUUAAUGAGGUGAUAUUUUUAGUUAUUAGUUAGGAUUUCAUAGUUUUAGUGAUCACUAUUAUAGUAUCGCCCCAUACAUAUUUGUUGUUGGGAACAGUAUGCUAUAGAAGAGGAAGUGUUAUAGUCUCAGGUGUUGGUUAUAUUUUCAAGGGGUUAUCUUGAUAAAAAAUAAGUGAAAAAGAAAUGAUAAAAACUUUCUAAUCACCAAUUUUUCAUCAUUAGAAAAAAUUAACAAAAUAUGAAUUACAUUAUGACAAAGAAAAAUGUACCUCAGAUAGGAAAAUUUUUAAAUCAGUACAUAACCCUUAUUCUUUAGAAAACUCUUUUUUUCUUGAGAAAUUUUCUUCCAAAUGUAGUUGUUGUAACACUAAAUUAGGUAAUGGAGCAGAUAUUGGGUAAUCAUAAGUUUGACUGGUUUCUCCCAACAUUAUAUUUGUAUGUCGCUCCCAAAAAGUAUCUUGGAUGAGAUCUUCAUGUAAAGGAAAUAUUACCUGUAAUUAAAAACAGAAUUAAACAUAAAUUUUCUACUACAUUUCUAAAACCAAUUUGAAUAUACACAAUAAUUUGAUUAUUAUAAAUAAUAAUGAAAUUAAUUAAUUUUGAAAACUAUGCAGGAAUUAAAGCAUUCAAAAUAUAACUAGUGAGCACCAGUUUUUGGUGAAGAUAUGAAACACAAGUUGGACGAGCUAGGCAGAAAAUCCAAAAUGUCGUUAGAAAAUGAAAUCUUAUUGUACAAGACAGUCAUCAUUCUGCACAUAACUGUGGGGCUGUGCCAGUAAAUCGAGUAUAGCCGUUAUACACAUACAGAGGGUAUAAUUUAAGCAAUCAAUUGUCGAUAUGCUUCAAACCAGACCUUCUAAUUGCAACAGUACAAGAAACAAUAUAACAGAGAAGCCAAAUGCACUACCAAAAGCUGGAAUCACACGUUACUUCAAUACUCCAACCAUUGAUGCAAGGAAGAGAGGAAUGCAGACUGAAGAAAAACUAGCCAAAAAUCCUAUAGAAUUGUGAAUUUCAAUUGUUAUUAAAUAAACAUUAAAAAAUAAAUUGGACCAUUUGAGAAUACUAAUAAAAA